UGUUGUUAAUAAGAACAUGUUUCGUAGACUUUGAACAGUAUUGUCAAAUGUUUAUUCGACACCAAUACUGGCUGUUUAACUUCGUGACAAUGCCUAAUUAUGAUUGUUAACAUAAUUCUCUUUUCGCAUUCCUUUCUAGUAUUUGAUCAUACAGUGUCACUAUAUAUUGUAUAUAAUUUUUUAAUAAUAUUUUUAUCUAGCCUCAAAAUAUACAUGAUUUAGCACAAUUUUUCAUUGAGUUUAUGUUGAUGGCGUGAUUUAUAUUUUCAGAACAAAAUGGCAGCAACUGUAAAGAUGUUGGUGUUUAUUUCAUUAUUGGUCCAACCUGACAGUAUACCAUGUGCCCUCUCUAAUGACACCACGCAAUGGGCAUUCAACAUGACAGAACACAUACAAAAUAAAACCCAUCAGAUGUUGAUCAUGGAUCAGCUGUUAUACUGUACCUCCCAGCGUCUGUGUAGUAUAGGAAAUGUAAAGGAAAAUAUAAGCACUCUAAGUUGCUGCGUACCCUGCUCCUGUGAGGAUACAUGUGUGAUAACAGGAAGUUGUUGUAUAGACAAAGCACUAGCACAGGACAGUUUAGAUGUUCUGUAUCAAAAAGGAAGUUCUUGUGUUUUAUCACAACUUAAACCUUUCGAAGAAAACGGACUGAACACAAUGGAUCUUUACCUGAUGAUAGGCGAUUGUCAGAAAACGUUUGUGGAUGAGAACAUCGUCAGAAAGUGCCGAAGUGGAAACGUUACGCCGACAAAUGUGACAAACUACCUGCCUGUUUCCUCUGUAAAAACGAACGAGACUUAUCGUAAUAGGUACUGUGGAUACUGUAACUGGGAACAUGACAAGGACUUGAUCAAUUGGAAAACAAGUUUUAGCUGUCGGGGAAGUCAGUUUGUGUUUCCACAUCAAGCCAGAGAGCUGUUAAGUUUCAUUAUUAACGAAGAUGGCUGCAAUUUAUUUUACCACCCUCCAGAUGUUCCCGUUCCAUUUCCCUGUGAAGAUGAAACCUAUAUGUAUACAGAGUGUAACGUCACCGGUCUCUGGACAGAAUAUAACCGUGACAUAGACUGGGCGUGUAGACACUAUCGAAAUACCUAUGAAUAUGAUUUUACAUUUUACAAGAACGCCUUUUGCUAUAUUUGUAAUACGUAUGCCUUACCACCACCAAUUUGUAUUGUCACACCUAGUCAGCCGCCUUCGACAAUCUUGAAUCCCAUUUAUAUAACAUCGUUUGCAGCAUUGUUCAAUUUCAUCGAUGACACUCCGAAAGUGCAAUCCUCGGAAACAGUUCAUCUAUGUCCGAAAGAUCAUAAAUUUGACACGUAUAAGAAUAUUUGCCGCGAGAUCACCUGCUCACCACCGUUUAGAUACAGCAAUGGAGUGUGUGAGAAUGCCUUCAGCAAUGUAGCUUCGCAGAGAUACGAGAUGUUCCUUAGAUUCAAUACAUUGCCAUCCUACCAUACGAAUUGUGACCUGUGUCUUCGCCUUUCACCUCGUCUGAUCCAGGAAUAUGUGAAAACGCACUUGAUACUUAUUGGUUAUUAUAAACAUGUCUGUGGUUUAACUGUCCUGUUUCCUAGUAACAACUGUUCUAGUGAAACAAUAGUCAAUACAAGCUAUCUAGUCAUUCACCUGGAAUUCUUUAUACAAAAUUUCCAUGAUCCCAUUGAUGUUGCCAGGCGUUUCCUUAACCCAUCUGUAUUUCUGCCUGAAUCACUUGAAGGAGUUACUGUUUGUAUUGACUUAAAACCAAAAGUACUUGGCGGUAAAUUUUAUGACUUUGAAUAUGGUUUCAGCGAAUAUGAUUACGUUUAUCCACUAGACAGACAAUACAGAGAUCCUUCAAAUGGAGAUAAAAUGAAUAUUGAAACUUAUGAUGAAAUUAGCUAUUGUCCUUUCAAACCGUGGGUAUCACGGUUGGUACCAGCCUUUUUAUGUCCACAUGUGAACAUAUCUCUGAAUGAAUAUAAUGUAACACGUCACUCUAACAAGGUGUGUUUUGAUAUGCAUAACUCCUGUUUUCAGCCAGAGGAAUGCAUCUUCUCUGACGAUAUGUCAUCUGUCUUGAUUUGUGCUGAUACAUUUUUUGCGUCUUAUUUGCCAAAUAACAUUGUUCCACGUGAAGAAGAUUUAGGUAAAGUAUUAGUGUCUCUCGUGUGCUCAAGUUUGUCAGUUAUAUGUCUCAUCGUUACUAUGGUAACGUAUAUUCUAUUUCCAGUUUUAAGGACACUUCCUGGCCUUUUCACAAUGGCUUUGUGCGCAACACUGACUGUCGCUCAUGUACUGUUUACCUUUGGAGCCGGUGCUGUCAAGAUCGGUUUCUUGUGUGAAGUAUUUGGAAUUACAAUCCAUUUGACAAUGUUAACAAGUGUAUUUCUUAUGAACGUAUGCUCAGUACAUAUGUUCCGCGUAUUCAAUCAUUUAGACAGGCAAUAUGUUUUGACUGCGGAAGAAAAAAGACGCCAUUUUGUGAUAUCUCUUGUUUAUAGUUACGGCGGCAGCGCAUUAUUCGUCCUGGGUCGAAGUGUGUACAGCGUCGUAACUAACGGAAGGUCUGGUUACGGAAUCCGGAUAUGUUUUAUAAACGACACGAAUGCUCUAUUGUAUAGUUUCACACUACCGGUUAUGGUACUCGUUGUAGCAAAUAUUGUAAUGUUCUGUAUUGUAAUAGUUAAAGUCAGCCAGCUUCCGGAUAUGUCCAGGUCCUCAACCUGUCGCCAUCACUCAAAGCGAUUUUUGAUUUAUGUAAAGCUUUCAACUCUGACAGGAGUGGCCUGGCUGUUUGGUUUUAUUGCUGAAAUUUCCAAUCAGGAUGUUUUUGUAUAUCUUUUUAUCGUUUUGCUCGCUGGACAAGGCGUGUUCAUCAUGCUUUCGUUUGUAUGCAAUAAGAGGGUUUAUGAACUCUAUAUUGCAUACAAGAAAAGGGGCAUUAACCAAACGAUUUCGAGAGGUCAUACAAUGCUAGACACUUCUUUAUCCAACAGCUCUGUUUCUCAGUUAAGAAAACCUCAUACCAGAGAACCAACGAUAUCGACUGAGAUUGACACACACUGCCAUUCUGUGCGAGAUAACAUCCCUCUCGAAUUCAGCACGAAUCUCUGACGACGUUAAGCGUUAUUUUGGUACAUUUUAAAUGUGUGCUAUCGCCUUGACGGCACCGGUAACUUAAUUAUGACGACACCUUUAGUAAAAAUAUCAUUAGUUAACCAACAAAAGUUGUAACACACCCUGUGACCUUGAAUAUGAUUCAAGGUCUUUUCUUCGCAGACUUUUUCAAGCCUGUCUUAGGAACCUGCCAGUCAAAUGCCAUGACUAUCCAUCGUAUCCAUGGUUUCUUUGUUUUUAUCGCCAGGGUCAUUUUGAGGAGGGGGGUCUGAUUGUAAUAGUUGGUGAUUACUUCACAGAAUAACAUACUGGAUGCAAUUAGGGCAAUUAAGGUAGAUUGUUUUACCCAAGGACAUAACAACGCCAUAACCUACUAAGCAAUCUUUGCUUAAAAAACCUAUCGGCCAAAUAUAAUGACGGACGACAGACAAUCGACGACAGACAACCGACAACAGACAACCGACGACAGACGAACGGACGUGUGUAUGAAAGUAUUUGGUUUGUAGUCACGUGAUUGUUUCUUGAUCUUGACCAGUGACAAACGGAAAGUUGACCUACCACCGACUUUACCCAACACCCCUUCGACCCGCGCCCUUUCAAUUCGCCCGAAAUCUCGCCACUAGUCACUCCUGACUGAAACUAGCAACGAUUCGGUUGUUUAUAUACCUCUGGUAACUUUUACUACCAAGGUCAUAUAUACGGAGUUGAUGGGGAUACUGCCCGCAUGGACGAUGGUCCGCUCAGGAAGGUAGGUAAGUGUAUACAUGUAUGUUUUAGUUUAGUCCGUUCUAUUUUUGCGUGUGACAAUUGUGUUUAACGUGUAUUUCUGUGUAACUCCAAAAUAAAGAAAUUGAAGAUAA